CCAAGAUAUAUUUUGCCAUUACAUUUUCCUUGAGUCACUAAGAAUGGGAGAAGUGCAAAAUAACUCAUUGGGAACAAAAGUAAAAUUGUUUUUCAAACACCAGAUUUGUAAUCCAUUAACAACCCGUGAGAUUUUCUGUCCUGUUUCCACAGGUGAGCCAUAAUCCACACUCAUGAUAAAUAGUCCACAAACAAAACAAGGCCAGGAGAAUCAUCAAUCAGUGAACAAACGGUCUUGGGGUACAGUCUGACCUGUCAAAGAUAAGAACACUAAAUUAUAAAAGUAAGUAAAGGGAUAAUCUGGUGCUUUGUCCUUCCAAGUGAAAACCAAGAUGUGGGGCUUGCUGCUUCUCCUGGGUGCCACAUCUGCUUUUGCUGAUGCUUCUGUUCACAAAUUUGAAGGGGAGAAAGUUUUUCGUGUAACACCUCACAAUGAAGAACAAAUAGGCACCCUUGAAUACUUGGCCAGCAACAUUCAGGUUGAUUUCUGGCACCCAGAUUCUAUUGCUCAAGUGAAAAAAGAAAUGAUUGUUGAUUUACGAGUUGAAGCAGACAAAUGUACUGAAGUAGAAAAUCUCCUGCAACAGAAAGGAUUGGACUAUGAAGUUUUAAUUGAGAACCUUCAAUCUGUGCUUGAUGGGCAGUUUGACAAUCACAUUCGAGCUGCUGGUCAUAAUUAUGAAAAAUAUAACAACUGGGAAAUGAUUGAGGCUUGGACAGCUAAUAUUGCAAAUGAGAACCCAACUCUUGUUUCCCGAUCACAGAUAGGAACAACUUUUGAGGGACGCCCAAUGCAUCUCCUGAAGGUGGGAAAGCCUGGUGUGAACAAAAAGGCCAUCUUUAUGGAUUGUGGUUUCCACGCCAGAGAAUGGAUCUCACCUGCAUUUUGCCAGUGGUUUGUAAGACAGGCUGUUCGAACCUAUGGAAAAGAAACCAUUAUGACCCAGCUUCUGGAUAACUUGGAUUUCUAUGUCUUGCCUGUCUUGAAUAUUGAUGGAUACGUCUAUACUUGGACUAAGAAUCGCAUGUGGAGGAAGACUCGUUCUGUAAACCCCAAUAGUAGUUGCAUUGGUACUGAUCCCAACAGAAAUUUGGAUGCUGGGUGGUGCACUCUCGGUGCUUCAAAAAGACCAUGCGAUGAUACUUACUGUGGCAGCGCACCUGAAUCAGAGAAGGAGACCAAAGCUUUGGCUGACUUCAUUCGUCAAAACCUCUCAACCAUCAAGGCUUACUUGACCAUUCACUCUUACUCUCAGCUGCUGCUGUAUCCAUAUUCGUACACUUAUGAUGUAACAAAGGACAACGUGGAAUUGAAUAGACUUGCUAAAGCUACCGUUCAAGAGCUAGCUACAGUCCAUGGGACAAAAUACACAUAUGGUCCAGGAGCAACAACUAUAUAUCCUGCAGCUGGUGGCUCUGAUGACUGGGCAUAUGACCAGGGCAUCAAAUAUUCUUUCACUUUUGAACUUCGUGACACAGGUCGAUAUGGUUUUGCUCUUCCUGAAUCUCAGAUAAAGCCAACCUGUGAAGAGACAUUGGUUGCUGUUAAAUAUAUUGCCAGCUAUGUCCUUGAACAUCUGUACUAAAAUAACAAUGGGGAGCUACUAAAGAGAACUUGAUUCACAACAA